AUGGCAUCACCUAGGUAUCUUCGUCGUCUAACUGACGGAGAUCGGUUUCCGCCAGAAAAAACCGAUUCAGUAGAUCUUCAGCCAGGUUCAGAAGAAAGAGAGAAUGAAAGUAUCAAUGUGACUGGGCUUAGACAACGACGGCUUAUCUUUCUGAUUGUAUGGAUUGUUAUCCUGUUUGUUUUUGCCAUACUAAUUUUAGCUGUAAGUUCAUUUUAUAUUAUCUAUCUUUCGUAUCCAUAACGCCAUUCUAUAUAUCAUUUUAUGGUUUAUUAUAUCAUGCAUAAUCUUGAGUAUCUCUGCCAUUUUAUACUGUGUAAGUCUCCCACCGGUAAAAUAUAACGUGAUUUUUAGUUUAACAUAACCUUAAUACGAGUAUUGAAAAUGAGCCCGCGUGGAAUGGAGUACAUCAAAAUACACACAUAUAACGACGAAAAGACAGGGAAAGAGGAGAAGAUCAUAUACAUGUCAGCCAAGAACAUUGAUCUUGGACACGUCGUAACGAAUACGGGCCAUGUUAUUGGGCCCAAAAGACAGACCAUGAAUAUUCAAGGGAGCCGGGUAAAUUGUCUUUUGUUAUAGUAACAAUAUUAAAAAUCUAUGCAAGUGUUCUUUUGGCCUACUUUGUUGUAAUGUUAAGAUAAAAUAUAUGUGUUUUUUGCAGGUACUAAUAAAUGGUGGUGUCAACAAAACCGAGUUUCUACUACAAGAUGGAUUAUGUAGAUUUGAUUCACACGAAAACUUCUUGGUAGUUUAUUAUUCAAAUUAAACAUUUUACUUUUUUUUCUUACUUUUAUCAAAAUUUUAUAUUUUUGUAGAUCAGAACGACAGAUGGGCGUACUUUAUUCAGCGCGCAACAUCCAAUGGUGACUGUGGAUAGCCGAAUCAAAAAAGUAGCGACGAGUAAAGUCAUUACUAAUAAGGUAAGGCCUUAAUUUUCUUUCUAUAAGCUAGCGAAAAAAUGCUCAUUUCUUGGAAAAGUAUAAGGUUUAACUUAAGGUUUAGUAUAUUUUAUAUACUAUGUUGUGGGACAUUGUAGUUAAUUAUAGGUAAGAGCACCAAUAAAUCAGCCUCUGAAAGUCGAAUCGGAGAAUGUUGUUUUACGAGGAAACCAAGGCAUUAAACUGGAGUCCAAAUCGAUCAACAUGAAUGCUAGUACUAGUAUUAGUAUCAAAACUGAAGUAAGUUUUUUAAAACUAUUUAUUAUUUUACCUCAUCUUUUUACAAAGGCUAUGAAAAUGUCUAACUUAAACCCAUAUUCACAUUUUAAAAUUUUUAUUAGCUACAAAAUAUUCUAAAAUAGGUAUAUUAUGAUAAGAUUUUAAACCGUAGUUUAAAGUCAUUUUUCCUCGAAAUGCCUGUUGUAAUAACUGACGGUCGGUGUCUCACAGAACCCGGAAUUAAUAUCUUCUAAUGGGUUUGACUCGCUUAUGUCCUCAAUAUCACUAUCUGAUACAUCGCUGUUGCUCUUUGCUCUGUCAUCAAUUUCGAAAGAUUUAGUGCCAGCUGGUUUUGGUUUUGUUGGGGGAGGGGGAGGAACGGAGGCUGACUUUGGCAAAAUUACAGGGAAUACUGUAGUAUCUUCGUCGAUUUUAGUAGAAGAUAGAGUGGUAGAUUCUGAUUCCUGGAUUUGGUCAAUACUGUGAUGUAUUGUCUUCGUGUAGAGUGAGUUACUGUGAAGAGCUGAAAUACAGUAUUAUGUUUUAAAGAUUUAAAAAGGGUUCAAUUUUGUAAGGCACGACACUUGAUUUUUCUGUAACUUAAGCUACCUUUAUUAAACUUGGAACUAUACCUUGUUUCCUCUCAGCCAGAAUCUCCAGCCGACUGACUCUAGCUCCCAUGUCUUUAACAAUGUCUCCGAUACUGUUUAAUCCUUCUACGAACUGUGAUUGUCUGUGAUUAAUAUCUCCAAUAGCACAUCGCACUCUGUCUAAUGAACCUAGUAUCAUCUGAGUAUCAGUAAUGUUUCUACGAUCAGCAAAUUGAUAACCACAAUUUCCACAAAAUAUUGAGAUGUUAUUGGGAAUGGCGUAGUUACAUUGACUACAGAAACGAUAGCUUCUUUUACCGUAUACGUUUUCUGACAUUAUUUGUAGGUAGCCAAAUGUAUUAGGUCUUUUAGUUUGAAAAAGGUUAUAAUAAGGUAAUGAUGACUUGCAGAAAAUAUAUUUGUGGUAAUUCAAGCCUUAUUUUUGUAAAACCAGCUUUGAUAAUAAUGAAAAGUAGUAUAGUAUUGUUAUAUCAUGAGCAACUUUAGUGAAAUAAAACCCUUAACUAUUGGAAUUGAAAGCUUGAAAGUUCACGUAAGGUCGUUUCAGAUCAAGUGCCUUAAAACAUCUGUAUCCAAAACAAAAAGCUUUAUAUUUCGACCGCAUUCUGUUUUAUAAGAGGCCAUUAACUAUCAAGGUUAUGACAUUUCGGUGAAUGUGCAAAAUAUAAUCUAGGAAUCUAUUUUUACUUAUGCGAAACGUAUAUAGUGUCCUAUUUUACAGUAUCUUUGCAUUUGAAGUCUGUAAACUUAAAGUUUUAAUUAUUUUUUGCUUUUUAGAUAACAUUUUUUUAGUUUUUAAAACAAACUUUAUUUUAUUGUAGGUAGAUGGAGCAAUUCGCUUUAACUCUCGAAAAGUUUACUUUGGCAACAGAAUGAACAACCUCCCUAUAUCAACAUCGCCUUCAUUAACAGCUUCUAUUGAAGCCUAUCGUGUGUGUGUUUGCAUGACACCCACAAGGCCAAAAUUAUUCAUAACAAAAGGAAACAAACCUUGUAGCGCGGCUACGACAAUUUGUCCAUAA